CAUACGCUCGCUGCUCGGUGGUGGAGGAGGAGAAGGGGAGGCUGUGUUUUAUUAUUUUAUCACAUUUACUCCGAUGUUUUGAAGCUUUCCAGCGGCUCUCCGUCGGAACAUUAACCCGAGUUAGACUUUACUGGAAUCGUGUGAUCGGAAGGAGUGGUCGCCUUCCCGCCCCGGGUCGCUGUUCGGAUUAAGCGUUUGCAUCGCGAUGGCGUCGAGUGGCUAUUUGCCGGCGCUGCUGCUUCUUCUGGCGGCCCAGCAGCUCCUGUGCUCGAGGGCAGCGGAUGCUGAGCAGGAGGCGGGGACCGUCAUCCCUGCAGAAAGUCGUCCAUGUGUGGACUGCCACGCGUUCGAGUUCAUGCAGAGAGCGCUGCAAGAUUUGAAGAAGACCGCGUUCAACCUGGACGCCAGGACGGAGACGUUGGUCCUGAGGGCCGAGCAGAGGGCCCUGUGUGACUGUAUGCCCACCAACUCACUGCGCUGAACUCCCCCAUGUUGUGUGUGCCCCCCUCGUUUCAGCGCCACCGGUAGACAUCUAUGGACACCUCCACACGUUAUUCCACCCAGACAAGGAGAACACACUCAUUUCCGAGCCUGGCUCCAUGCACAGUAUGCUGUUCAUUUGGAUUUCUUUUGAGCAACAGGCACUUUACUUUCUUUCUUCUCGUAUGGCUGCCGGUACGAGCUUUGGUUUGACUUCAUGCAUUAUGAGGCAUGCGUUGUUUUGCCUUACGUAGGCCCGGUUUUAUACCACCUUUGAAGUUUGUUCACGUAUGUCGUUGAAACACAUGUCUUUUUGAAACUGAAACGUGGUCCGUUUGUCUCAUCCAGAACGUAGGCUGUUACUUUUCCCCUGUCUUCAUGACCCGCUGUUGACUGUAUGAUGUAGAUGGAACGCAGUAGUAAUGUAUGUAUAGGUCGUAAGAGAUUAAUGUUUAUAACUAUUGUACACUUCAAACAGUAGCACUGCUUGUUAAAUAGCCUGUAAUUUAUGAAACUACAGAAGCAUUUUUGGUAAUAGUUUUACUUGGGUUGCUAUUUGCAAUUCUGCAGAAUUGCUAACAUCAUACUCGUGGUACCUCGGUUUGUGAUGGUGUCAUAAAGGGACCGAUCCGCAAUUUGUUCUGCACUACAGAAGGCCCUUACCUUCGGGAGAAUUUUGCAUUUUAAUGUAGUUAUUUUGCAGUAAUUGCAAAAGCAGAUUAAAGCUUAUAUAGAUUGACUCGAGCUCAGAAGACCCGUGUUUUCUGCUGGUGUGCAGGAGGGGGUCUUUAAUUCUCACAGGACUGUAGCAUGACGUUAAAGCACCUUUCUUUUGAUCGUCGCCAACACGAGCCGGGCGCGAGCCCGUGCACGGCCCCGCGGCGUGCACCGUGUUGCUCCACGGAGGCCUCUGUGUGACAGGGCUGAGGUGGAAGAGUGUCGGGUGUGUGAACUACUUUCAGACUGUAGCUUACAGGGGACGGGGGGGGGGGGGGGAC